AUGACGCACGACUCCGCUGGCCACGAUCAAACCACAUCCACCGCCAGACUUCUCGCCCUGCAAAAACACAUUUCCUCCCCGAUUUCACCCAGCUCUGAAUCGUCAGUGCGCCUGCAUCAACAAUGUCUCGAUCUCCUUGACGAGAUUGACGAGCUGCAGGAUCUGCUCAAGCGCUCCUUGCGCAACCCGCAGCUCGUCGAGGUGCGGCAGUUCCGGUCCAACGUGACCUCGGAGCUGAAGAUGCUGCAGAGACUGGAGAAGGGCCUGCAAAGCAGUGCUGGGGCUGGUAGGAACAGGAAUCAGGGACAGGAGAACGGCAAGGAGAGGCAGACUGAGGACGGCGAAGAAUCCGAGACCGAGAUGCGACUGAUGCAUGCGCUGCGGUCGUCGAAUCUCCCAUUCUACCAGGCUGUAUGGGACAUUGUGAGAGGUUCGUGCUGCGGGCUUUCGGCGCUGGGGAAGCGGUUUUAUUGGGAUGGGGAGACGAAGGGUUCGGAAAAGGAGAAGGAGAAGGAGAAGAAGGUGUCGCAAGCUGUUGGGAAAGAGGACUGCGGCCGAGAGAAACAGCCCAAUAGAGAUAAACGCAAAAGUGUGUUUGUGGAUAUCGUGGCCGACGAUGGGGAGGAGUGGGUGAAAGUAUCGACCAUCUCGGAGAGUAGACUGCUUUUCGAGAUGGCGAAGAAAGGGUGGGAGCGCGAUUCAGAGGAUGAGUUCCUGUCCGACGAGGGCAGCGAUGGCCCGCGGCAACGGACUGUACUGCAGAACCUCGAUGGUUCGGACUACGAAGACGACGAGGAUGAGCUGGAGCUCAUCAAAUUGGCGCGGGAUCUGAGGAAAGCGGCCGAUGCUACGCGCUUGCGGUAUCGACACCCGCGGCUACGAGUGGUGCUUCCUAAGAUUGGGGAAGGGAAUGUUCCUGAAAUUGAUGAUAUUAUCCGCGAGAUGCGCAGCUACGGCGUCAAGAUCGAAUGCCAAGAGAGGAUCUCUGCAGAUGCCAGCAAGCCAGAGUUGGCAUGCCUCUUGCCACGGCUUUUCAGGCGCUUCACUGCCACCCUAAAUGUGGACUGCACCCUGCUCCUCGCACUGGUGUCGGACCUGUCUCAUGUGAAAGAUAUCGUUCCAUCGCCCAUUUGUCAUAGAGCUAUUCUGAGGCAGAUCGAGGUCGAGAAGCAGCAGCCGCUGCUUCAAACUGAAAUAUGGCCGGCCAUGAUUGAGCAUGAACUGGUCUGUACCAACGAGGCAGCGACCCGCAUGCGCGAGAUCGUGCAAAUAAUAGGGACGGAUGCUGAGAAGGAAAGGAUGAAGAUUAUGAUGGGUGAUCCUCCGUAUGACCAUCUGGAUCAGCAAUCUACCCUUCAAAAGUUUCAGGAGUUGUCGGACUGGCACGUGCCAGCAGACUGGAAGAUCCCCAUCAGGGUCAUUGAGGCCCAGUCUGUCAUCAGCAUCGCGAAGGCAGAGGGGAAGCUUCCUCCAGUGGCAGAUGAAGUCGCUAAAGGCUUGUCGGAUAUCAAUCACAGCGUAUUCAUGUAUGGGUGGGCGACUGGGAUGACGACCAUUUCCAGCAAUCGCACGAUCGAUAAGCAGAUCGAAACGACGAUCGAAAAGAACCGAGGGACUGAUGACGACCUUGAAGGACCUAUGAUUUGGAUCUGUGAUACAGCCCGAAGUUUGGCGGGCAAAGACAAAGACCGUAAAGCAUAA